GAAAAGUAGACACAAACGAAUAAGGUAGGAUAUGACUGCAUGUCACGAAAAUUUCACUUUUGCCUAGUUUUUGUAUAGGCCUAAUGUCUGGAAGGGUUGUUUGUCCGGACAUGACGUCUUCGUCAACUUCAAAAUCUACAAGAUUAGGCUAGUCUAGGCCUAAGGUUUUUUUUCUUCCAAAAAUGCAUGUCAACGCAUGUCACUGAAAGAUGAAUUUGCAUGAAAUUUAGGUCACAAAUUCAAGGUUAGAUCUAGUGAUCAUUAAAUUUUGAAGUCAUUGCAAUUUAGCAUUUUGCGGUAGCCUAAUCGACAGCAACAAAUGUUUUAAAACAUUAACAUUUGUGAGUUAUUUGGAUGAUUGUUGUCUCGCAUGCAUAUCAGAGCGAGUAUGGGCGCAGCUUUGGCGGACGGCGUCGUCAAUAUUGAUAGCAUCAUAACAAGAAAAUGGAUCUAACAUUAAACGCAUGUACCUAUUCUAUGAAAAUUGAAUAAAGAGAGAGAGAGAGAGAAAGAAGGGGGUAGGCCUAGGGGUUAAUAAUAUUUCAAUGCUGCAAACUUAUAUAUUAAAUGGUGUAAUGCAGGCGAGACUGUCAGUGACACGAGUGGCGUUCCACUUUAUUUUGAAUUAAUGAAUUAUACGCAACCACUACGCAGAAGCUCUGUGGAACGUGUAUAAUCUGUUGUCAAAAGCUUUCAUAACAAAGUAGUCUUUGUCGAAAUUGGGUGAAUCAAAACAGCAGUUUCGUCUGUUGCUCUGGACAAACGAUAUAUUUGCAAUUUUCUUCAGUUUCGAAUCUUAAAACGAACUGCUGUCUUGGUUCACCAAUUUUGGACUAUUGGAGUGUUGCAAGAAAUUUGCGAUCAAUUGCAAGUCAAUUCUGCGUCUCUAAAUCAAUCAUAACUCUUGCAAUUCAAUUACUGGACAACGUUUAGAAACAAGAAGUUCAAAUUGAUUUGCUAUUGUGAAUAUUGAUCUAUCAUUAUUUUGUAUAUACCGGUAUAUAAAAUUUGCAAUUGAUCUCAAAUAUUUUCUUGCAACAUCCCUAAAAGCUCAGCAGUUCAUUGUGAUUUUACGGGUAUUUUCAAUGUAUUUACUAUGUCCUAGAGUCGUCACUCGCUAAUGACUUCCACGGUGAUUACAGCUUCUUCUUCUGUAUAUCCUUCCUCAGCUGUAUCGGAGAUCCGCUGUUUAAUACUGCAUCAUUAGCGUUAAAUAUUUUGACGUGAGAGUAAGGUAGAGUGAGAGAGGUGAAUCUUAUGCAAGAAAUUUAAGACAAGUAGGUUGAGCAAUCAAAAGAAUUUGUUCUGGUUAUUUCGUUACAAAUUUUCAAAGCUCCAUUGGAAGUAAGUUGUCAAGCCUAUAUUUUGGGGGGAUUGUUGAUAUAUUUUUUUCAUUAUGUAUGCCUAUUAUUUUCUUCCUCAUGACUAAUCAAAACAAACAGAAGCGAUGAAGCACUCACAGAACACGAACCAACGAAUUCUUGGUCUGGAUAUGAUGAUCAAGAGUUGCUGUCACCGCCAACGGUUUACCCGUUCUCAAAACGAGAGAAAAACACGAAAAAUGAAACCAAACAUUUGGAACCGAAUUCAAAAGCCAGAGAUGUGAAAAGUAAGCCUACGGCCACAACAUUUUUAAAGGAAAUCAAUGAAUCUAAAGACGAAAGUGAUGUUGAGUCUUCGGCAGCUGGCCGAAGUGCAUCUCGAUCUCCUAGUCCAGCCGAAGGAGCCUUCCAAUCCGAAAACUUCCGAACCAGCACGCCGACAUCUGAUGAGAAGGGACGGUGCGAUGCCGAGGAACCUUACGAGAGUUGUCGGAAGUCUUCGGCAUGGAAAGAUUACGUCAUGUCUCACGAUCCGAUCCUCUUUCGAUCGUAUGUCGACACGAAGUAUCCGAAGAAGUCUUGGAGACAUAGCCAUCAGAAGGUGGCUACUCGGCACGGCGGAAAGUUCCGACGCAGUUCUUCCGGAAAAGUCCGAAAACCGCCGACCCCAAAGUCCCUGAGGAUCUCGUGGAAUUCUUUGGAUGACGUAGUCCAGAAUGAAGGCAUUCUCCGAUCACCCUUGCAGCUUCCUCCUAUCCUACCAGGCGAUAUCACACCACCGAUGAAGACCGACGUCAGCGAUCACGAGCUCGAUGACCGUCUCAAUAACAACCCUUCCACUAACAACAGCCAUGCCAAUGAUGAUCUAAGCGAGGCCAUCGGUGACGGAAUCCGCGCUAUUAGAAAGAAUUGCCAAGCGAGAUACGGAGUCGCCGACGAGUCCUAUGCGGAGAGUGACGGGAGGGAUGUUGAUGUCGAUCCGACCGAAUUAUCAGACAUCAGCUACGGGGAGGAAGAAUUAAGUGAGGAAGAAUUGAAAGACGAAGAUUUGAGAGACGAUGAAAUGAGGGAUGUAAAAUUGAAAGACGAAGAAUUGAAGGGCGAAAAAUUGAGGGACGAAGAAUUGGAAGAGGGCGAGAUUGUCGACACAGAUGACUGCCGUGAGGAUAUGGAAGAUGUGAAUAAUGAUGGUGACAUCGAUGAUAUCUGCCGAAUCGUCGACAAAGAGUUACACCACCACGACUACCGUUCCGACGACAUCCUCAACGAGAUCACUUUCGACAUCCUAGACGAUCUAGACGUCGACUCGAAGUAUCCUCCUAACUACUUCCGUUCCGGAUUUUCCGACCGUGCCGUAAGGAGGAGAAAACCAAAGAGGGCACCAAGGUUUAUGAAUAUGAAUACCCUGGACCCACAAGCCAGAUCCUUCAGGCCAAGAUACACACCUGAAGAAGAUAAUGAGGACCAGCGAAUUGUGAAACUCGCUGACUGCGAGUUGACGGAUGACGGUCGGGACAAAGAGAAGAUGGACGACGCUGUCACAUCUGGAACUAAAUUUUAUCCGAGCGAUGUCCGUUUUAAGAAAGACAAGAGGGAUGUCAAGAAGAGGGUCGAGGAACCUCCCAAGGCUUCGGCUCACGCGAAUGCGGAGCCUAUUAAAGACAUAACUCUUGAGCCGGUCCCUGUUGCGGUUACACGGAGCGUUCCGAUGCGUGAAAAGGGGAAGAAUAACAAAGAAUGCGGAAAGUCGAAGAUGAUGGGGAAUGAAGGAAAUUGUGACGGUCAAGAACAUUGCUUAAAAGGAGGUGAAUCCAGAACUGUAGAAUCGGAGCAAUCCUUGAAGAAACAUGAAAAGGAACAAAUACGAGAUUCUGAGAAGAUUGAGAAUACGCCAUCCAUAAAACCAAUAGCCAAAGGGAAAGCCAGGCGACAGGUGGCCCACAAGAUAUCGGUUGUAAUGGGCCGGCGACCUGCCCAAGCGAUUGGAAACCAAACUAGAAGUGACGAUGGGCGUUCCGUCUCAAGAUCACUCGCUGCAGGAGAAGAAGGCACUGGUAGCUCAUCACCGAGACGCAUCCCUCAACUAAGACCAAUAGACACACGUAGGUAUGUUACUAGUUCAGCAUACAAUACAGCUGUAAAAGUACACGUACAGAAUUAUGAAAAUAUGGCGGACGCAGUUGAGAGUGAUGACAACGUGGGAGGUGGUUUCCCUGAUGAAAAGGUUACAGAUGAACUGAAAGAACGCAAGGAUGGUGUUAGAUCGAAAAAGGUUGAUCAGUCCCGUACGUUCCAGUCGGACUCGAGAAUACGCAGCAUUGAUGUCAGUCAACCGAAGUACCAUGCCAUGAUGAACCAACGUCUUGCAAUUCUCAAGGAAAGUCAUGGGAACAGCCCCGUAGAAGUGGCAAGACUGGCGACUGUACCCGAUCGUCUCAAAGACCAGAGUAAAUCGAAAGAAACAACUGCGGGAGACACGGGUUCAUUAUCGAAAGAACGUGAACAACCCAGACGGACCGAAAGACAGCACUCGGGGCAUCGUGAUGUUGAACUUCCUGACGUCAAGAAUAAGAGAGUUGCAAAGAAUGUUCCUCGUGCCAAGAUAAAUCCCCUAUCAAAGCUUCCAGAUGGGGCGACUCAUGAUGGAGAUGAGAAAGGAAAAGACGUCACUGACACUUCAUCGGGUUCACGGCAGAAAGAAUCAUCUGGUACAAAGACACGUCCUAUAAAGGAAACACAAUCGGAAUCCUUGUUGAACGUCGAAGCGGCUACGCCUUUGCACCCCGAGCAGGAUGACCGCGAAAUGGGCAGAGGUCCCUCUCUGUCAGAGACGGGUCGAGAAGGGCCCCCUCUGCAACCACUAAUGCAGAGCCCGCCUCAUCGGUUCCCGCAUCCUCAUCAACACAUAAACCCAAACGUACCCCCUAACAUGCGCCCGAUGCCGGCACCGGGCAAUGUCCAUCUUUUCCAACACCCAUCCGAUCAGCACCAUCAAUUCAACACGACCUUUUCGGCCUACCACCAUCACCAGAUGGCGUUGAGGACGGCGGCGAUGCACUACUACAAUCAACAGCGCCACCUGGCCCUUCAGAGACAUCACCCUCCAGGGUUGUUUCCUCCGCAUCCAUACCACAUGAACAUGCAUCCAGGGUGCAGACCGGAAUGGAAUAUGCCAGGACCAGGACCACCGCGUUAAUUUGUUUUUAAAUUCCGCCCUUCAAACAAUCACUCCAAAUUUAUGUUCUAGAAUAGAAUAUG